AUGGUGAACCUGCAAACACCUGCGCUGCUGCUGAGCGCCCUCGGCCUCUUGGCCGCGGCCCAACAAACAUAUCUGGAUGCCGAGCCGCUCGCGUACGCCAACAUCACCUCCAUCCUCGACACCGUCCUGGCUCGUGGGUACAUCAAUGUCGGCACGACGGGAGAUUACAAGCCCUUCACCUACCUCGUAACAAACCAAACCGCUCUUCCCAAUGCCACCUCAAUCAACACGACCUACAUUGGAGCCGACAUUGACGCCGCGCAGUCGCUCUCGAAUGCUCUCGGUCUUCCGAACCCACCGCGGUUUGUCAAGACAAUAUGGGCGAACAUUACGUCCGACUUGGCAGCUGGCAAGUUUGACAUUGCCAUGGGCGGCGUCAGUUUGACCCUGGCGCGAGCCAAGACGGCCUUCUUCUCGACGGCCGUUCAGCGCGUUGGCAAGACGGCCUGCAUCCGCUGCGCCGACGCGCAGAAAUUCACAGACCUCGCAUCGUUGGACAAGCCAGAUGUCAAGGUCGCCGUCAACCCCGGCGGUACGAAUGAGGCCUUUGACCGGGCUAACCUGAAGUCGGCCGAGAUCGUUUUGGUUGAGGAUAACAACGCAGUCUACCAGGCAGUCUUGGACGGCACGGCUGAUGCUAUGAUUUCCGACCUCAUCGAGGUUGAGCUGCAGGUUAAACUACACGAAGGAGAGCUCUGCAUUGCGAACCCGGAUGCGCCGUUCAAUUUUGAAGAGUUGGGAUAUGCAGUCCCACGGGAUAUCGUGUGGAAGCAUUUUGUUGAUGCGUGGGUGCAUGUCCAACUUGGAAGCGGUGCUUGGAAUGGAACUCUGGAGAAGUGGCUGAAUUACAAGUGGCCAAGUGUAUAA